AUGGAAGAAACGACGUUAGGCCCAGAAGCACGCCUCCGCUUGAAGCGGGCAGAGCUCUUGCCUAAUCUCUACGGUCCUGGCUAUUACGAGAGCGAAUUGCAAAAGAAGGAGAACGAAAUCCAGAAGCUUCUCAACCAAGUCACCAAGCUCCAACAGGAGACGCAAGAGCUGCGCAGGGAGAAGGUCAACCAAAAGCUCGCAGAGGUCAAGCUGGGCAGGGAGAAGGACAAGCUCACCCACACCAUUAACAUGAUGGAAUGCAGAUACCAAAAACUCGAGGCUAGCACUCAAACCCUCAUCCGACAGCACCAGCAGCUCGAUACGUCCAAAGAAAUGGAUUUGCAGCAACACCAAGCCCAAAUCCAUCAACUCCAGAAGGAUGGCGAAACACAGAGACAAGUCAUUGCCGCUAUGGAGGAUGACGUCGACGAGCUCAAGUUCAAGUUGCAAAAGGAGAAGCAGGAGUUCCAGUGGCGUCUCGGUGCCGUGGCAAGCAAGGCGUUAGUCGAAAGCAAUGAGCGACACGUCCUUCGGAGGGAGAGAUCGCGCCAGAACCAACGGCUGAAGAAUCAAGGAGAGAUGGUGGAGCAUCAGACGAAAUAUCUCGAGUAUCUUACCAACGAACUGAACAAGUCAAAGGCUGCCCAAGCCGAUCUCGCACGCCAGUCCGACACGAACGAAGGCCGGGUAAAGGGAUGGAAGAGCGCACAUGCUUCUGCGAUGCAAAGAAUUGAUGAACUGACCGAUCAAAUAUGCAAGGGCGUAGCAGAACAGAAGACACCUUACGAGCCGAGCAGUCUGCUUCGUGGAGAAAGAUGA